CAUGCAUGGUGGAGCGGGCGCUGACUUAGUUUUCUUCAGGCCGAACUACACGACUUUCCACCGAGCCUGCUUACAUUUGCCUCGUUUCAUGCGACACAUCGAAGUAUCUCCGUCCAUGCUGAGGUUGUUAUAAACUCGUUUUCUGCCACGGCACAUUUGAACGACUCCGGUCCGAGUAAGGAAAGAGCUGAUCCUAGUUAUUCAGCCGUGACAAUCCAGCGACAACGCCGAAGACACUGACACAGAUCCGAGGGAGGACAGCGUCAAGGAAGACACGGAACUGUCUGUAGCGCGCUGGUUCUUUUGAGUUACAUAUCAUUCCAAAGUUCUUGAACAAUUUAAUACCAGAUUUAUGCAUGGACUACUCUGUUAUUACCUUGAAAAUUAGCAUUUUAUAGCUGCGUAACCUAUAGUUGCAGAAACUAUUAGUGCGCAAAUAAUACUUGAUCCGAUGAGAGAAUAAAUCCUCAUUUGUGUUUAAAAGGCUAUUCAUGGUAGACCUACUACAGGAUACAUUUUUUAAUGCUCUAAAUUCAUGUUUAUAAUAUUUGUGGCAUCCCACAUCUGCGGUUGAAGAGGAUGCGCUUUUUGCUAUGAAUACAUGAUACGAGCAUUGACUGAAAUAGUAUUUAUUUCAAACGGACCCUCAACUAAUAUUAGUGAAUUUUUUCCACCAAUUGCAAUUAUUUUGUAUUCCACAAAAAACUGAUUGUGCUUUUUCAAAACUGAAUGCAAAUGUGCUUUUUCAAAACUGAAUGCAAAUACUGAACUUUUCCCAAAUGUCAAUUCAAGCUUCAGCACAAUAACUGCCUCGCAAAGUAAUCCAAUCAGUUCGUUAUAACCAGAGAGGAAUCAACUGUGAUAUAAGGAAAUUAUAAUUUAAAAGCCUUCAGAUGGGAAUAUCAUUUCACUCAGUCUGUUCAUUCGAAUAAUUCUACCGCGCGAGACGGUGCAUCGAGAGGGACUUUGGCGUGGCCAAGUUCGGGAGCCAUGCCGCAGGUGGAAAUGAUCGUUUUCGUUUCCCUGGUGUUAUGGAUGUGUGCAUAUGGCCAAGAGCCGGCCUCCAAGGUGGUGUCCGACCGCUAUGCGGUCUACUGGAACCGGACCAACCCCAGGUUCUACCGGGGUGACUAUCACAUUGACGUGUGUAUAAACGACUACCUGGACGUCUUCUGUCCCCACUACCUGGACUAUGUCCCUGAGGAACGGAUGGAACGCUAUGUCCUCUACAUGGUCAACUACGACGGCUACAGCUCCUGUGACCACACUGCCAAGGGCUUCAAACGCUGGGAGUGUAACAGGCCCCACUCCCCCAACGGACCCCUGAAGUUCUCCGAGAAGUUCCAGCUCUUCACCCCCUUCUCUCUGGGCUUCGAGUUCCGCUCUGGCAGAGAGUACUACUACAUCUCAUCCACCGUUGCUGACAAUGGAAGGAGAAGUUGCCUACGACUGAAGGUGUUCGUCAGACCAGCAACAGACAAUUGUGUGAAAACUGUCAGUGUUCACGAUCGGGUCUUUGACGUCAAUGAGAGGGUGGACAAUUCCCUAGAACCAAGAGAUGAUACCAGUCAUGAAUCAGCCGAGCCAUCCCGAGGUGACGUCAACUCAGUGGGCCGGGUUCAGACCACCGGCCUGCUGGUCACCUCCGCCCUGGUUCUCUGGGCAGCCAUCUUGCCUUUAUAGCGCCCAGCCUGAGGGUUUUAGACAGAGCGGAGUGGACUCACCCUGACUGGACCAUACAACCCCCAAGGUGCACUUUUUAAAAGACAGUCUGAGUGCAGGGGAGAGGUGGACUUCUAAGGGGAAGUCCUUUUUUAUAAACUUUGCUUUGGGGAGUUAAGAUGCCAAAAGCCUUUUGACUCUCAUUUUGUCAUUUUACUUUCCUGUGGAUGUUGAUAUUUGAAGGUCAUAGUAUCCCAGUGAAUUUGCUGUCCCCACCCCCUCUCUCUCUCGCACGCACGCACACACACAGACACACACACACACACACACACACACACAGACACACACACACAAUCGCUCUCUCCUCUGUGGCCCCACCAUACCUUUUGCAAGAUGAAACAACGGAACAAGAACUACUAAAAAUAACAUUUUUUCCAAGCCCCCAAAUGACUUUGAUUGAGAAUAUGAUGAAGUCUUACAGCGAAUGACUAUGAUAAUUUGAAGAUGGCUUGUGACUGAUCAGAUCAGCCAAUGGCAAUGAAGCAAAGGAAUACUGGCCAAUCAAAUGAGGCCAAGGCAUACUGGCCAAUCAAAUGAGGACAAGGCAUGCUGGCCAAUCAAUGGUGAAACAAGGAUCCAGAGCUAUGGUUGUUGCUUGGAGAAGUCCUGUUGCCAAGGGGAGGGAGCUCUGUGAUUUUCUUGCCUUUGAAGAGUUCAUUAGAAGUUCAGGAGAUGGGGGUUGGAUUUGAUGACUCAGAGACUGGGGGUGAACGAUCUUAGAUGAACCGAAAAAAAAGAAGAAGCACUCAUGUUUAGUAAUUUGUGUCCUUUUAGGGGAAUUAGUGAUCGAUUCAUGAAUUUUUGAAAUGAAUCAUGUAAUUCAAGUAUAGUAGCCAACACGGGUGUAUAUUUGAGAGGAGCGUGGGAGUUGAUAUGGUAUUUUGUCAGGCAAAUGUAUUUUCCUAUUUAUUGUUGAGUCCAUGUGCUCUUUCCCUUUUCUGAUGCCUGUCCUGGUUCAGUCACUAACUACAGCGGAGAGAAGCCCAAAACAUCCCACCACUUAAAAGCAUCAGUCUCUCUUCUUAUUUCGGAAAGGUGUGGUUAUAUUUCAUUACCCAUACACAUGUAAUAUCUGGGCUUGGACUCAAAAUGGAAUUGAAUUGGAUUGUUUUUAUCAAACAGAGUUCAGGGAAGAGAACAUAGUUGGAUGUUGUAUCAGGGUGUAAAAUGUGUGUUAUAACUGUGUUUCUUCUGUAUGUGCCCUAACAAGUCAGCCCAUAUUACCAUCCACUACUUCAUUUCAACAUUGUCAUAACCUUUACAAAACUACAAUUAUGUACAUAAACACAAAGUUCAGGGAUGACUCUAUAACUAAUACGAUUCGUUUCAAUUAUGUUCUUAGUAAUAUUCUUGAGUUUUCCCCCAAGCAAACAGCAAAAACGUUCAUUGAUAUUGAUAGUUUAGCGACCAUUCAGUGAUAAUCACCCUAAACGUCCCAACAGGUCCAACAUUUCUCCUAGUUGCAGCAAGGUUGUGGCAACGUUAUUUUCAUCUAUGGCAGCUGCAGCUCUGGUGUGAUUUAGACAUGUCUUUGAUGUCGUGCGGAGCGGCGUCCAAGCAGACCACAUGCUGGGGGGCCAUACGCUGGUUAUUUCUGGAAUGAGAAAAAUCGACCACCAGGAGGGAGAGCGAGAGAUAAGCGAGAGUGAGGAAGAGAGGUGUCCUAUUCAGCCUCUGGAUAGGUUCACUAGCAGGGAGAUAGAGGUGUCCUGUUCAGCCCAGAGGUAAUUUUACCACCAGAGGACUGGAGUGAGUAAUGAGGAGAGAGAGAGAGGGCCAGCUGAGAUCAAUAGUAAUGGGCUUCUCAAACACAGGAACACUGUAAAUAUUUCCCUCCACUCUCUUAUACACAGUCUAUUUAGUGUACUGACACCAAAUCACCUCCUUUGUAAAGGGGAUGGACUAUCAGUGAGAAAUACAUUAGCCUCUGCAUCGGUUGGCUGUCGGUGUGGGAUUCAGUUUGACCAAAUCUUUAAAUAAGAAAAGCUGAACUUCAUUGUGACUGACAUCAUUCACUUCAGCCAGUCAACGUUGGGAAACAAGGAUCAGCUUGUCUCAUGGAUACUGUGUAUCCAGCUGGAGUCUAAUAUAAAGUACAGUGUUAGAGCAGUGGUUCUCACACCUCUUUGAAGGACAACCACAGUUAACAGAGACACAUUGUUAAUGUUGUUAGUGAGAGAAAAAAGUCAAUGUUGGAUAUCAAAAACGGUUGAUAAUUAUUUUUAAAUGUCUUUUAGUAUGAGAAACAUGAUCAAUGUUACAGUCUAUAUCUUUUGUGUAAGCUUUUCACAAAUCAAUGUUGCAGUGUGUGUGUGUGUGUGUGUGUGUGUGGAGGUUGAAGUGCCCAAGUUAAGGGCUCUACUAUUGGAAGUGCACUAUAUCCAUCCAUGCCCAUCCCAAGAACCAUACCGCACUCCCAUCACCCUCCUCUUUUGACCAGAGCUUAGUAGUAUUUGCAUCUGAAAUGUGGUUUAGGCGCCUAAUGUUUUGAGUCCUUGUACAUGCUUAGUUUGUCUGUGGUCCCUCUUAAUCUUCACUCCAAUGGUUUCAGAGGAAGCUUCGGUAGUCAGCAGCACCAUGUUGUUGUAUCUGAAUUCAGGAGAUUUUGUAAAGCUUGUUAAGUGUUGGUUUUCUGUCCAUAUCACAAUAGCAUAAAUCAGCUAACUUGUGUAAUUUUCUAUUCAAAAGUUGAUGUACAGUAUGAGAUGCAGUUGUGUUACAGGGUGAAGUGAGUCUGAUAGGAGGAGCUCUUCACCUGGCACCUGUUACUGUAGCCAUGUAGCCUGAACCUGACACCACUGUGCCCUCCUAUGUCUCCUGUCCCUGUCCUCUGUCCCUGUCUUCUGUCCCUGUCCCUGUCCCCAUUGCCUGUCUCUUGUCCCAGCCCUAUCGUCCUCACCUCCCCAGACUGUUGUAACCCCUCCCUCUCUCCCUGGUCCAACUCUCUUCACCAGAAUGUUCUGCAAAUGUACUGUAUUUCAUACGAAGGCCAUUAUUUGUAAAUACACAAAUGUGUUGGAGCAGCUAUGACUAACUACAAAAAAAGAUUUAAUAAAAGUUAUUUGUCAUUGUUGUAA